AUGUCACUCUCUCGUGUGGAAAAUCCUUGUUUUCUGCUGUGUCUGGUUGUCUUCCAAGCAAUAUUUAUCCUGAUACUCUACCGAGGUGGAACUUCAAAUGUGUUUCAUGGGUUUUUAGACUCGCAUCAGAUUCUGGAUUACUCAAAGACUCAUGAUGUGUAUACAAACCUCAGCUUGUUUACCCGUGCUUCUAAUGAAGAAGCUAUGCCUUACUGCUCAGUGCAGUCACCAAUAUUUGUUGGUCCAUUAACCAUCACCUUCAGGGUGCUCCCUAGUGAAAGAACGAUCAUCAGAAAAAAUCCUUUUGUUCAGCCUGGUGGCCACUACAGGCCACCUCACUGCUUAGCCCGCUACAAAUCAGCCAUCCUUGUAGCCUACAGGAACCAGGAGAAGUACCUUCACCAUCUUCUCUACUAUAUUCAUCCUUUCUUGCAGCGCCAGCAGCUCAGUUACAGUAUCUACUUGAUUCAGCAGGUGGGGAAUGGUACAUUUAACCGAGCAAAGCUGCUUAAUGUUGGUGUCCGGGAAGCCCUGAAGGAUGAAGACUGGGACUGCCUUCUCCUGCACGAUGUGGACCUAGUACCAGAGAAUGAUUACAAUCUCUACGUUUGCGAUGAAUACAGUCCCAAGCAUAUGGCUAGUGCCAUGGAUAAGUUUCAGUACACCCUGCCAUAUAAGUCCUUUUUUGGAGGUGUAUCUGCUCUGACUCCAGAACAUUACAUGAAGAUGAAUGGGUUUCCAAACACAUACUGGGACAGUGGUGGUGAAAAUGAUGACAUUGCUACAAGGAUUCGGUUAGCCGGAAUGAAAAUAGUUCGUACGUCACCUCAUCUUGGACGCUACAAAGUCAUGGACUACAAUAAAGAGACAGAGACACCAGAGCCUUGGAGAAGGCCCGCUUCCCGACACAACACCAGAAAAACAUGGAAGGAUGAUGGAAUGAAUUCAUUACAGUUCAAGCUCCUUUCCAGGACAAAGCAUCCUCUUUAUACUAACAUCACUGUGGACAUUGGGUAUGUUCCUCCAUUUUCUUAAGAGAAUGAAAAC